CCUAGGCCGAAUCCGAAAUGGCUCCCGGAAGCACGGGGCGGCACUCUAGCUGCUGCCACUGCGUCUCUAUAGCCAGGGAGGGACUCUCUAGCCGCGUCCUCCUUGAUUUUUGCUCAGUACCCCAUCAGGGGAGACACUCCGGCCGCGGGGCCGCGCUUCUCUAUGGUCUCCGUGGGGGAGCACGCUAGCCGCUGCGCGGCACCGCCUUCUGGCUAGGCUCAGCCAGGGGACACUCUAGCCACGGCUUUAUCUGUUCCCGCACGGGGGGCGCUCUAGCCGGGACUCUGUGGCCAGGGAGGCCGGUUGUGCUGGGGCGAUGGAGCCGGCGCUGGGGUCCGAAUUCGAGGAUUCAGUGUUCGCGCGGAGCAGGGACAGGGGCCGGGGCGGCGGCUGCGCGGCCUACAGCGCCAAGCACUGCGAGCCUCGGUGGUUUUGUGAGGAAGCAAACAGCGAGGACAAUGUUGAAAUUCUAACUGCCAAAAAAUUCAGAGGGGAUUUGGCAUACAGACAACAAGAGUUUCAGAAAGCACUGUAUGAGUACUCAAGCUGCUUGCUGCUGUUACCUUCCAGUAACGUUGCAAUGAGAAGAGAUGUCCAAGAGGGCCAAGCUCGGUGUUUAGCUCACUUAGGAAGGCACAAGGAGGCUCUGGAUAUUGCAGAAAAACUGAGAAAUGGGGCAACUAACACAGAUCAUUUAACAACUGUCCUCAACCUGCAGUUUGCCAUUUACUGUCGCCUGAAAAAUAUCAAGAAAAAGGUCACAUGCCUACAGCAACUGAUUUCCUUACAUCCUUUUAACCCAUGGAACUGGAAGCUACUUGCUGAGGCUUAUAUGUACUUUUUACAGACUCUGCCUCCAUCAUUCAUUUCAGAAACAAAACUUGUUCAAUGCAAAGAUUGUAGUGCAAAUGACCAAGUUUUCCAAACCUCACCAGGACUGUUUGGAAAAGAAAUGAACCUUCAAUGUCACAAAACGCAUAGCGCGGGAGAAGACGUUUGGUCAACACUUUCUACAAAAACAAUCAGAGACAGCUCAGUAUCUUACAGCGAUAACCACAUGGUAGAGGGAUCCCUCCAUAUCACAGACGAAUGUGAAACACGGGACAAAAUGAAACAUGCUACCUUUGAGUUCUGGGGACAGGAAGCAUUGAAAGAUGUUUGGAUAAAGGCAUGUGCUUCCUUUGUUAGAACAAGGCUUUUACUUCAGAUUACACAGUUGCAACAGUCAUCCUUUGCUCUGGAGAAGAAUUUAAAGGCUCAGCAGGAAACUGAAGACAAAGUAAAAGGUUUUGGUUUAAAGGAAGAAUCCUUGCUAUUGAUUACUGAGGUUAUGGGAGAGGAUCUCAUUCCAGAAAAACUGAAAGAGGGUGUUCAGGGAGAGAUAAAAUCUGUAGGCCCUUCAGCCCUGACAUCCUUGGUAACUACAUCAGCUAUAGAAUUUGAAGGCAAAUGGUUCAAAAAGCUCCAAGACAUUUUGUCAUUUUGAGAGACAAUUCUGCCCAGAUAUAUGUAUUCCAUCAUAAGUAACUUACAGGCUAUUGUAUUUAUUUUUUUUAUCCUCUCUACCUCUAAUGAUGAUGGAAUAACUUAUGGAAUAAAGUUCAUAUUUCUUUAUUUUUAAAGUAACGUGAUUGUAUAUCUUUUAAAAGCAUAUAUUGGCUGCAUUUAUAAUCAUCAGUCUCCUUGCAUACUUGUAGGGUUUUUCUUUCUGUGCUACAACAUUUCCAAUAGAAGUGACAGAUCUGGUUUAAAACUGGGCCAUGGCAAGGUACAUUCUCAGCCUUCAAAGGCAUAUUGCAACACAAACAUCACAAAGUUUACUUCUUGGGCACACCUCACCUAUGAUUUCUUUGCAGCUCUGAUGUCCUUAGGGGAGUCUCACCACAAUAUUUAGCCUGAAAUUUCUUCAGUAUUUGGUUUUAUCUUGCUGUAUUUAGAGCUGUAGAAUUAGCAGUUUCUUAUUUUAAAAUCUGGUGGGUGUGUUUUUAAAAUUAAUAUUUCUUUAUAAGUAGAGAUAUUUCUACUAUUCAAAUUCAGAUAGCUGAGAACCUUAAUAUAUUAAGUUGUAUUCAGAACAUUUUCAAUAAGGAGCAACUCUCUAUGACUUUCUAAAAAUGUAAUGCUAAUAUGUCCCUUCUAGUCUGCACAGGGAGUCUCUCUUCAAGACUAAUGGGUUCUCUGUGCAAGUGUAGAACUCACUAUACAUCCCCACUUUUGCUUGUGCAGAGGGCUCAGAGUAAUAAGUUUCUGAGGCUAUACAUACUGGAGAGAACUUAGUCCGAUUGUACUCUUUGUGAAAUUGUGCAAGAGAAAAAUGCAUUGUUGAUCGUACUGCAAACCAGUUCUCUCAUCUGUACAGAUUUUUCAUGUUAAACCUUCAAUUUAUAAUGAAUCCAGACACCUGUUUGCUGUACAUUUAAAAGCAGUGAAAUUACAUGGUUUGGACUUGUUCUGUGCUUUGGAAAAGGUAGAGAUCUUUGUUUGGUUUUCUCUGUUCAACAUCAUUUGCAUUCCAGGCAACCAAGGUGUGCUCUUAAUUUUUAAAAAAAAAUUAUUCCCUAUUCCUCUUCAAACAUGAAAUGUAUUCUGUUCUCAUUAAUUUUUCAUUAACUGUUACCAAAUCAAAAUAUACUCUUUCAGCAUGAUUUUGUUUUCUUGGGGAUUUUCCUUAUCUUGUGCUUGCCUUUCUUUUCAGUGUACUAAAGAAUGCUGAAGCUUUUAAAAACAAAUACACUGGACUGUAAUUCCCCCACUCAAAGCCACACGUCUCUGCUAAUUUGAAAUGGAGUUUAAAACAAUUAUUCAGCAUUGUUAUGUAAUGCUCAGUAAUCAUUUGUGUUCAGUAAAAGUUAAGUAUCGGGCUUCUCCAGGGGGAAAAAAAAAUUGCCUCCCUGUCAUAUCAAAUUAUUUAUGGUGGUUUUGUAACUUAAUGUUAAACCACAUCCUGGACAGCUUGUUAUGGAAGGUAGUUGUUUGGCAAGUAUACUUAAAUAUAACCAAGUAUUCCUUUUAGUCAUGUGUGUUCUUUACUUUUAGAACACUUUACUGGGCUCUUUUAAAGACGACACUGAAUAAACUGAUGCUUACAUACAACUAUAUGUACUUCCUAGACUCUCAGUUUCUACUUUUGGAUAGGAAGAUUUAUGGAAAGCUAGUUAUAAUGGUUCUAAAGUGAUUGUUGCAUGGGAGCACACUAACUAUAUGCUAUUUAAUACUGUUAAUAAGCAUUUGAAUGCAGUAAUUCUAGUUUAUGGCAGACAUAACCAGCUGUUCACUGCCACAGUUAGCAGAGUUGGAGUGGAGUCUCAUGGUGGUGUUUACAUGAGCCUUUCUCCUCAAGCAAAUGUAAGUGGUGUGUCAGUAUCUUUCUCGGGCUUUGCUGAAAGUUGGGACACUUCUGCAGCUGCUUGUAAUUACAUGUGCUGUUGAUCAUUGGCCAGUUUAGCUUGUGGGAGCCUGUUUAGGAUUUUUUGCUUAAUUUUUUGCUGAAAUUGUGAACUACUUUCCAUCAGAACAGAAAUGACAUUCACUUGACAUUCAAGCUCAGCCCUUACGUAAAUUAAUGUGAGCUGCACCCAUUAAUGCCAGGGCUGAAUUUGACCCUUAUACUCUAUCCAAAGUGGACCUCCCACAUUAUUAUCCGUUUGUCUCCAAUCUACACUUCCUCUAAAGUUUUGGAGAACUCAGCUGCACAAAGUAUCCCCCACUACCGUAUUGGAUCAAUUUCAUAUAGUUUAAUAUUUGCACAGCACUGAGACUGCUUUUGUAUAUUUCAUUGGGCUAUGAAUGACUAGGUCAAAUCUCAAGAGUUGGCUUUAUUCUGAGGAACUAUCAGUUGCUUAGGUCUAUAAAAUAUUAGGACCAGCAAAAUGUUUUGUGAUAGAUGAUUUGUAUAACGGGCUGGUUGGUAGCAGUUGCUUUUUUUUUUUUAAAACUCUAGAGCUGGUGCUAGGAUAGCUAUGCUUUUUAUUAUUACUGGCUGUCUGUUUUAGCCAGUGGGCACUAUUGUUGGUGGAUCAUCUUGAGAGGUGUCUUGGGAACUUGCAGCACACCAUUAAAUUGGCUUGAAAUUUUAUGCCAGUGAAUUCCUCAUCAAAGAAGAAGCUAUAUCCCUGGUGUUCGGCUUUAAAAAUUUAACUAAAGCACAAUGCAAGUCAUAAUGUCACCUUGCUGCAAUUUGGCAUGAACAGAUGACUGAAUAGGUAAAUCGUCCACCUGGUAGUGAAACUCUACGCUACAAAAUAUUUUUAAAGGACCAAAAUAUGAGUCCUCUGAUUUAAAUGUACUGGCUAGUCAGCAGCUCCCUUUAUCACAGUGCUCCCAUUUAAAAAGGGUCUUUUAUGGAACGUAACCAUAAAUGUUUACUGGCAAGUUGCAAGUUUGUGUGAUAUUCUAGUCCUGUGGCCAUCAUUAUUAACAAUCCACUCUCCUGGUUAGCUGUGCACAGCCUAUGAUUCUGCAGUCCCCAAGCUAUGAUUUCACAGUAACAAGGAAAAUUGUUUAUCAGUUUGGUUACCAGGAAAAGCUCCCAAACCACGCUCCAGCUCCUCAGAAAAUCCUGUAAAUAUACAGGCCUUACAAAGGGUGAAGUAAGUUCUAGAGUAGAAGGACCUCUAUUGUGUACCCCCUAUAACCAGCCUCCGGCUGUCUCAGCAGAUUUCUACUGUACCAAAAAAGAUAUGCAGGACCCAAGUCAGUAAAAAAUUAACUUAUAAAACUUUCUACUUUGAGUUGGAACUGGAACUAAAUGUAAAGCCACUACGAGCUUUAGAGACCUAAGCCUAGAGUGUACCCUGGUUGGGCUAGGGCUUGUCUUCUAAUAAGUAUUUACGCAGUCCCUAGUGCUGACUGGGUCUUUUAGGUAAUAUAAAUACCAGAGGACAGGUGCAAUAAGCUCUCUCUGGCAACUGCAUUUACACUAACUGAAUUACAAAGCUGGCACUAUCAAAAUAUUUUAUUGACCCCUUUGGCACAUCCCUAUUAAAAAUAUGAACAGAAUACAUUAGCACCCCAAGUAGGCCAAUAGGCUGUAUGGGUUUAAUCGAUGUCAGUGGAAAUAAAAUUAAUUUUUCUUUUAGUUUUGUUAUGACUAUAUAGAAACAAGUUAUGCUAUUGGAAAAGAUAGUAGAAGGUGCACAAGUUAAGAGGAAAGGAAUAAGCAAAACAUUGCUCACAAAGGGAAUUUAAUGGAGGCCUCUGAAAUCUGUUUUACAAAGAGAAUAGGUCAUGGUUGUCCUGAUGGCUAUUUGUAGAUAACAGAACAAGGUGUUAAUGAAAAUCAAAUAAAAACAGAUGCCACAAAAUACUUUUGCAAUUUUAUUCAGUGGCUUAUCAACACAAUUCUGUGCUCUAGUCAUUAUCAUAGAUGUUAGUGGUGGAAAAGGCCAAGAUGGUUAGAGACCAUCCUCCUGCUAGUGCAGGACUGUUCCCUGCAGUACAUUUUCUAGUGUUUUGUCCAUUUUACUAGGUAAGAAGGGGCUUCCCGGCGGAGAUUGUUCUACAACCUCAGACAACUCAUUGUCAGGAGAAUUUUCUGAUCACUCCCUUUCCUUGCACCACCUCAAACAAUUCCAUUUUUUCCUUGUUUAUAAUCUGCAAAUGCUUGAAGAUCUUACUGCAAAAAUCUAUUGCCUAGUGUUACUUCUGGGGGAAUUCUGCACUUCUGGUGCAUGCACAGAAUUAAUGUCCUCCGUAGAUUUUUUUUUUUUUUUUUCCCCAGAAAAUAGAUUCUGCUAGAGACACUGCAGUUACACCUUUUGCCCACCAGUAGCUGCUGUGGCGCCAGAAGUGAGGGCAGCUGGCUCUGGACUGGAGCAGCCAGCCUCAGAGCGGGAGAAGGAGAGGCUGUGUUCCUCACAGCACUCUGCCUACGGGGUCAGGUGAGGGGACACGGGAUAUUGGGGGGGGGGGGUAGGCACAUGGGUCUGCUGGGGGGUUCAGAAGGGCUAGUGGGGGGACAGAUUGGGGAAGGGGCACAGGAGCUAGUGGGCUAACAGCAUUGAGCCAGUAGCUGAAUGGGCGUUGGGAUGCAGGGCCUCAUGAGAAUGUGUAAGUGGGGAUGCAGGGCAUUAUAGGGACAGGAUGGAGGGGAGUGGCUGAGAGGUGGUGCAGGGGUGAGGAGGGAUGCAGGGACAUAUGGAUACAGGGCAGAUGUGCCUGAAUGGGAAAGGCUGGGGGUCAGUCAGGGUCUGCAUGGGGGAGGCUCCCCAACUCCCUAACAAUCUCUCCCUCCCUUCCCCCACCCCCUAAAAACAAACAGAAAACUUUCCAUACUUCUCCCACCCACACUCAACAACAUUCCGGGUUCACUCCCAGGCUCCUGCCCAGCAAUUACUUCCCUCCUCCCUCAGCUCCUCCAUUACCCCUGACUCCCCACAAGCCUUUGCACUGCUUCUGAGGGAUGCAGGAAAGUCUGUAUUGUAGUAUAAAUGAAUUAUUACUCAAAGUUCUGUAUUCAUAUGCCUAGUAAGGAAUCUAUUUGUCAAAAAACAUUUCCUGAAUCUUUUGUUGUCUGUACUGUUAGACAUACUUGUGACAGGUAUUUUAAAAUAAAUUACCAAAAUAAUUGAAA